AUGGAGACACCAAUUGACAAGGGAAAGGAAGCCGAGCGGGAGCAAGUGACCGCAUACGAGCCUUCCACAACCAAUGGCGAAGUCAGCGAAGCGCAAGGGCGGCUUGAAACGCUGAAGCGUACAUUCCUCACGCGAGACGGAUGGAUAGGCGACUACGACUAUCUAUACCUGAUCACUCCAAAUAUCUGGCCUCUGAAUCGGAAGUACAAGAAUUACGAAGCACCGUUCUAUGGCCUGAAUGAUGAAGUUCCAAUCCUACUCACCAUCAUCCUCGGCCUCCAGCAUGCCCUGACAAUGAUCGGCUCCGUGGUAUCUCCGCCGUUGGCAAUAGCUGGAGGAGCUUUCAACUUUGACCCUAUCGUGACCGAAUAUUUUGUCUCAGCUGCAUUCAUCGCCACCGGAAUCGCGACCGCUCUUCAAGUGACCCGGGUUCAUAUCACCAAAACUCCAUUCUUCAUCGGCACAGGUCUGUUAUCAGUCGUCGGCCCUACCUUUGAUAUCAUCCCCGUAGCCAUCAACUAUGCGACGAUGAGAUACAAAAAUGGGACUUGCCCAGUUGCUGCCGACGGGACCCUGUUGCCAUGUCCGGACGGUUGGGGAGCUGUGCUCGGUACGAUGCUUUGCUGUGUUUGGGUCCAGAUAUUCAUGUCCUUCGUCCCUCCAAAAACACUGAAUAGGAUCUUUCCAAAACUCAUCACUGGAAGCCUGUUGCUCCUUGUGGGAGUCUACUUGGUGUCCAAUGGAAUGCAGAACUGGGGUGGGAGCUCCAACUGCCAUGAUGGCAAAGGUUUCUAUGCACUUUGUCCGAACGUUGCUGCGCCGCGGCCUUUGGAAUGGGCUGAUCCCAAAUUGAUCGGAUUGGGUUUCUCAGUCUUCGUAACGAUCAUCAUUGUCGAGACCCUUGGUGCGCCACUGAUGAGGUCUGCUUCGGUCAUUAUUGGACUUGCAGUAGGCUGCAUCAUCUCUGGAGCGACUGGGUACUGGGACCGGAGCCAGAUCAACGAGGCGCCCGUGGCAACCUUCAUGUGGACUCAUACCUUCAAGCUCUCCGUGGAUGGCGCACUUGUGCUGCCGUUGCUGAUCAUGUUCAUCUGUCAAGCUGUCUCCUGUAUGCCAGAUAUCCUAGCCACAGCGGAAAUCAGCGGUGUCGAGAUCGAGGGAACCAACUUCAAUAGCAGGAUCCAAGGAGGGAUUCUAUGUGAUGGCCUGGGGAGCUUCCUCAGUGCUCUGGGUACUGGGCCGCCUAUGGUCAGUCAAGCGGGAAAUAACGGUGUCAUCGUCUUGACUAGCUGUGCUAGCAGGAGAGCCGGUUGGUGCGCAUCCGGAUUCCUCAUCCUCAUGGGUAUAUUUGGAAAGUUCGGCGCCGUCUUCGCAUCUAUGCCUCCAUCGGUACUUGGAGGCAUGCAAGUAUUCCUCUACAGCACCAUUGCAGUAGCCGGUAUUCGAGUACUCGGUCUUAUCCCUUGGACGCGUCGUGACAGAUUCAUCCUGUCAGCUUCCCUCGCCAUCGGCUUUAUCGACAUCGUUCAGCCGACUUGGUUUAACAAGAUUCUGAAUUAUAGCGGGCCGAAUGUCCAUCUUCAAGGCUUUGAGCAAGGCAUCAACUUGAUCGUGGAAACGCCAUUCGUCAUUGCAGCUGUCGUCGGAGUUUUCCUGAAUAGCGUUUUACCCGCGGAUAGAUCGAGAAGGAUGGAUGUGCAUGGUGAUGGGCACAAGCACCCUGUGCUAGGGGAGUCUUGAUGGUGGUGAAAGGAGGAUAGACCAUGAAGUAGGGGAUGGAAAUCGAACAGCUGUUAUAUAUAGAACUAGAC